AUGGACAUCAUUAGAGACCUGUACACCGAUGGGUUCCUGAUAUUCCUGGCCUUCCUCGUAUUCCGUGUCUCGAGGCUGUUGCCGAGUACCAUCGGCGGGGGAGACGACGUACUGUUGACACCUCUCAUCUCGUGGUCACUGGAAGGUGUGCUGAACACGCGGCUCUACUACAAAGUCAAGGACCUCGAGGUGCAUCGCAAGCACUGCACGCCGUUUGCGCUAGGCGGCGACACUCAUACACGGCAACGAUCCGGGGUUCUCGAAGUUGUAGUGAGAGGGCAUCCGAUCCUACCGGGAAACCGUCCAAAGCAUCAUAAUUGUUCGAACACGGUAUUCGGGAACAUUGUAUUUGCGAUAUUCGACAGGCGCACCGUCUCCUAG